UAAACCAUGACUGACGGGUAAUGUGGCGAUAGGUUGGGUUACGUUCGUUUUUAGGAGGGGUGCGGGGGACGCAGUCCCAUUUUAGUCGUUCGAUAUUGCAAUACUUACUGUACCAGUACAUAAAAAACAAUUCCACGAACAGACUUUUCGUUGCAAUGACAGGUUUCCUAAUCUAUCAUACAUAGCAUUUUUAACAAUUAAUUUCUCGGUUUGUAGAGUCGAGAGACGAUUUUAACUUUCAGAUUCGGCUUCUACGCAUCGAAGUACAUAAGAUAGGUGAAUAUCAGCGACAUCCAAGGUCAGUAACUUGUUUAAAUUAUUGGAAAUCAGCAACGUUUGACAAGCGAAAUAUUAAUGUGAAAAAAAAGUUAAUAUAUAACUUGUAUAUUUUUCGGACUCUCCCGAUUGAUUAUCAAUGUUGGAGUUAAAAUAAAUAUUUUUACCAAAAGACCUGCAAAAAUAUAUCAAAAUUCGAAAAAGGUCUUAUUGUACAUAAUUACCAAUAUUUCUAGUUCGUCAUAACGGUAGAUACAACUUAUCUUGUCAACAACAUUUUCGAUACAAACAUAUUUGUACUCGAUAUUAGUGUCCCUUGUAUUAUUACUGAUCAAAUAUCUAUAUAUAAUCGGUAUAAAUAUUUCUGUUACACUCUGUGAGUUGUCGAGUUUGAAAUUGUCGCAUUAUUUUGAAGUAAAUACUUCAAACAAAAUAAUCAUAAACGAUAAUUACUAAGACGUAUCGUGAUGUAUUCACAGAAAGUAAUAACUUUUAAAGGACCAUACACAGAAGACAAAUAUAAUCAGUUUUUCAACCCAAACAUUUGUCAUGUUUGCAAACUGCUCAGCAGCAACUUAAUAACAUGUAAUCGAUGUUAUAUGAUUUCUUAUUGUUCCGAAAAGCACCAGGAAAUACAUAAGUAUUCACAUUUGGAGAUUUGCAGAGUUUUAGCAAUUUUAAUAACAGACAAAUCGCUUCGGGACAGAUAUUAUAUCUCGGAGGAAUGGAUAGAAUCACGGAAGGAUAUUUUUCCUAAAAUACUGGCUAUUCUAUCACGUUGUACAUACCGGUACGAAACAGAGAUGAUUAUAUGCGCAAAAUCAUGUUAUAUGUGUCACCAACAAGUAAACAUCAAGCCCUGCAACGUUUGUUACUCAGCCAAUUUUUGUGAUGAUCAUCGAAAAUAUUUUAAACUAAAACACAAGGAUUACUGCAUUGAGCUACUGCUUUUUUUGAACAUAAAUAUAGAAUAUAUUAACGUCCAAAUGGGACAUGUAUGUCCACUACAGUUCACCAAAUUUCCCGGAAACAAACUUAUUAUCUCUUAUAUGCACUGCAGGUAAAUACGUUGUUCAUAUUAUAGAUGCAAAUAGAAUAGAUGUAAUGUAUUUGAAAAUUUGGCAUAUUCUCUUACAUGUAUUGAAAAUAAGGGAACUGCAUAUUGUAUUUAUAAAAUCGCCAAUAUUUGAAUCGCGCGAUCUAAAGUUUGUGUGUAGCAAGUGCCGUUACAAGGGGAAGAAACUUUCUGUUAAAAGUGUGUCAGAGACGUAUUACGAUUAUGUAUGCUUAGAAUCAUAUGAGCAACCAAAUGUGAUCAUGCUACCCGAAAUAGAAGGUAUUCUCGUAGGAACGUGGUUUGAUUCCGUAACAACAAUAAUAGCGCAAGAGUGUCCGUUACUUUUAACCACCGAUUCAGAAGAUACAGCGCGAGAUAAUAUAAAUAAGAUAGAAGAAGUAACAGGUGCAAUCAGAAAACGAUUGCACAGAAAAAAUAAAUUCCACGGUUGUACACCAUAUAGAGACUAUGUAACUGGAGGACUUUAUUACCGAAAUGCACAUUUUAUUAUGUAUUCAUGAAUCUAAAGUGGGUAUGACUAGCCCAGUCAAAGUGUGAAGAUAACGUGUUAUUUGAUCUCAUUUUUAUCUUAGUAUAAUUGAUGAUACUCGCUUUUUAAUAAAAUUCGGGAAUAAGUAAUAUAUUUCUUACUGAGGCAUAUACUCAGACAUAAAUUAAUAGUUUCUUAUUUUUCCAGAAUAUAUAAAACAUGUUAUAUAUGAAGUAAUAGAAUGUUUGCCACAUACAAAGUAUCUUACAAUUUUACAAAUUGUCGUACGUCAUGCCGUAGUUAUAUGUAUUAUAUGCAGAUCAUUCGAUACUGAGUUGAGUGUAGUCAACUUGUAAAUCUCUUCUUUAUCGUCCGUGUUCUGCAGUUGAUAGGUGAUAUGUAAAAUUGUAACACAUUUUAUAUACAUUAUAUUCUCUAUAUUGUACUUUGUAAUCAAUAUUCAUAACUCGAUACAUCUACUUUUACAUUUUACAUUGUCAAAAUAUAUAUGAAAAUACUGAAACACACCUGGAACUAUUACCCGAGCAUAAAUAUAUCUAGUAGAGCAGAUUUCAAGACUAGUAGUUAGAUAGUAAUGACUAGAUAAGUUUUCUAGCCAGUCACUAGCUCGUGACUGGCUAAAUAUUCAUUCUGGAUUUACAGUACAUUGCUACUAAACAGUUACUAGACAGCGUUUGAUAUUUAAUUUCUAUUCAUGAUUUACUGAAUCUUCCAUCUCGUCACUGUGUAGUUUUUUUCAUCUAGACAUUAGGUAAAAGGGCGUUGAGUAAACCGAAUGUAGCUAACAUAAAACGUUUACUACCGACUAUAGUAGUGUUCUAGCAAGUAAAGUACCAGACUCAAGAGCCAGAGGUCUUCAGGUUCAAGUCCCGAAGUAUAAAAUAAAUUUUUCUAAUAGAAUGGAAAUAAUAAGUAAUGAAGAAAAUUUACAGGAAACCAAACUCCAUUGGAUCACCUCUUCUAAAGAGAGAGAGAGAGAGAGAGACAAAGUGAAAUUAUCGAAGAAAAAUAAUUUUUUCGUUUUACUAUCUAUUCACUGUCUAGUGCAGGCUAGAUAGUUACAAGUUAUUAUUUUGAAUCUAGGUACUAGCUUAUUUUUCUAGUACAGCCACUAGGAGAAGUGAGCGUUACAUUUCUAGCUAAUAGCUAGCAAGUACUACUAGCUAGUAGCGAUGUAAGACCCAACUUUUCUGUGUCUUCACUAAACAAUCACUAGAUUCAAUUUUUGCUCGGGUAGUGUCUUCCGAGAUAUCAACUAUUAUUUUUACCUAAAUAAAAUAUAUUCAUCGCCGCCAGUGAUAUAUAGAUCUUUUAAUAGAAUACAUUCAUUAGUAAAUAUAUAUUAUGUUUCUCUCUCCUGUUUCUGUAAAAGUGUAGGAUAUGUACAUUUUGUUUCAAUACGUUUUGAGCACUUUUUCGAUCCAUUCCUGAAUAUACCCAGUGAUCUAAUAAAUGAUAAAACUUAACUUUAUGUAAUUACUUAAAAAUAAAUUUUUUUAUUGUGUA